AUGUCAAACAAAUCCACCAAAUCAUGCAUAGAAUUAGCAAAAUCCAAACCCCCCAGUAGAACUAUUAGAGGUGUUAGCCCGGUAUCUGCACCAACUCUACGGAAAAAGGUUCUUUUACAAAAUGCAACCUCAACGCAAAAAACUACUAGCUCUGCCGCAGAUACGGAGAGUUCCCAAAGGGCCAUGACUGAAACAUCCAGGUCCAAAAAUCCAGACAAUUUACAUUGUACUAUAAUUGCGAAGGAACAUGUAGAGCAGGAAAAUAUCACUGCCAGAAAUCCACAUCAACAUGACACUGCCUCUGAAAACAACACCUCUAUUACGAUGGAUAUGGAGGCGGAGCUUGACAUGUUAGGAAUUUGCAAGCCUGUACUCCGUACUGAUGACGACUGGUCGGAUUCUGAUAGUGUGGCAAGUGGUGGAAGCAGGAGGUCAAGCAUUUUACCGCCCGCAUAUAAACGGGCUGGAAUUUCAAUGGACCUUGCAACACAACGCGCCAAUGAGUUCUUGCUUUCAGGCAAAGAAGCAUUAGAGAAAGCGGGAAAGAUGAAGCGCGAGUGUAAACAGGAAGUUCACGAUUGCCUUCAAGGACUUUAUGAAACGGUGUUAUCGCUCUCGGACUCACGCUCUCGACACCGGCUCGCAUUAGAACAAGAGCGUAGUCGAGCAGCAAAAGAACUAGUAAGAGUCGAGAGAGCACAUAACAAACAAAUCUCAGACCUGCAAUCCUUACAGCUUCAAAAGUUCAGGGACAUCCAACAAGUCAUCCAAGAAACUCAAAAAUCCGUAGAGUCAAUAAGGGGAUGGCUUAACUACGAAAUGGAUGACCCUAUUAAGGCAAUCUACCAAAUUCGACAGGAUAUUAGUGGAAUAUCCAAUAGAAGUACUAAUGAAACCCCCAAUUAUACCACUGUUAAUCGAGAAACUUUACCCAUCGAGAACACAAUGGUAUUUACGAAUCAGAUAAGGGAGGUGAUUGAACAAAUAAAAGUGCUUAGCCGUAAUAUUGGUGACCUUAGGGAUAAAAUGGCAGAUAAGGAAAGUAUUAAGAGCAUUACUUUGGCAAUGGAUGAGUUAAAAGAGCCACAAAUAGACCCUAAUGUCAACAAUAUCAAAGUAAUUAAAAACAUGAUUCAAGAGUUGCAAACAAGACCUCAGUGCUCCAAAUCUUCACAGGUAAUAUCGGCAGACGACAUAUUAACAGCUGUAGAACCUUUGACAUUAAAAGUUGAUAAACUGUCGAAUGAAAUAAGGGAGUUAAAAGAAAGUGGAACUAGUCAGUGGGCAUACCAAAACAACUCUGGUCUAGGCACAGAGCUUGCAAUAGCAGAAAUCAAGGAAAACCUAGAGCACUUAGAAGCAUGUAAUAAUAGCUCUAUGAUGAUGAACAAAACCACUGAUAACCUAAACUACCAUGCUUCUAAAGAGCAGCAAGCGGCCGGUCCAAAAAGAUCUUAUGCUGAAGUUUUCACUAACCCUACCUUUUCUCUCGUAAUAGAAUCUUCUGACCCACGGCAUACAAGUGAGGAUGUUGUUAGUGCUAUUAAGACUAAUGUUGAUGUGGUGCAAUUGGGAGUGGGAGUCAAUAAAGUUAGAAGAGCCAGAAACCAGAAGGUGGUUAUUACGUGUGACACAGACGAAGACCGUAACACAUUACAAAGGGCGAUAAAAAAUUCAGAUAAAAAACUUACAGUGUCUAAGUCAAUCACAAAAAAACCCCUAUUAAAAUUAAUAGGAGUAACAAAUGACUUAAGUAAUGCAAAGUUAGAAGAAGCACUAUUUAAGCAAAAUGCUAAGUUGUUAAAAGACGUGGAAAAGGAAAAAACUAAAAUUAAAGUCUUAAGACGAAUCAAGGGCCGCACAUCAGCAGUCAAUAAUAUCAUAAUGGAGGUAAGCCCUAAUGUCUGGAAAGCAUUUAAAGGUCAAAAAGUGCACGUUGGCUAUCAAAUAGUUCCAGCCAUUGACCAGUCACCAGUAAUCCAAUGCUACCGAUGCAUGGGAUUUGGUCACAGAGCGAAAGAAUGCGUGGCAGACAAACAAACUUGUGGUUACUGUGCGGAGGAUCAUGACAGUAGGGAAUGUUUACGCAGCAACGGAGCACCAUCUUGUGUGAACUGUGUCAGAAACAAAAUUAAGGGGGACUAUUGCCAUACAGCAUACAGUGCCGAUUGCCCAAUAUGGCAGAAAUGGGAUAGAAUAGCAAGAUCCUUAGUAGCAUAUUGCUUUUUUUUUUUUUUUUAA